AUGGAAAAAGCAAACAAGGAAAUGAAUUGCGGAUCACUAUCCUCUUUUGUCUCGGGUUUUGAUGGUAAAUGGAAAAGUCGCGCGGGUCUCUCCACGAGAAUUGUAACAAUUUUCGCGGCACGUUGUCGCACCGAAAACAUAUCGCGUUCCCCUACCAUUAAGCAAAUAAAAACACAAGAAGUGCAUUACUUGCAUUGUGUCGAGAUUCUUUUCUGUAACCAGUGA